CACGGCCAGAGCACGUAGAGAUAUCAGGUAUUGAUGUAACUGGAGUGAAUAAGGGAACCUUCUUCCUGAGCACAGACAUUGGAGCCUGUUAUCAGCAUGAACUCAUAUGUGUUAGACAAUCACUUGAAUAGUUCAUACCCAUCCUUCACUACAGAAAGCAUCAGAAUGAUACCACAAACUCCAAUAGUCUCAGACUCUAAUGACUUUUCACAAACAUUGGGGAACUCACAGCAGAUAUUUAAAGGAGAUGGAAAAUUGGCAGGAACUGGACAGCAAUCAUUUUGUACAGAGAGUAAUUUAGUCAUCAAACAAGAGGACAACAUUUAUGCCUUUUCUAGUGAAAUGAUUAUCCCAGAGGAUAAACCACACACAUUUACUGAGUUUUCAAAACAUUUAAAAGAAGGGGAAAAUCUUAAGUUUAGCCAAAUUAUUCAUACAAAUAAGAAACCAUUCAAAUGUACAGAAUGUGAGAAAAGCUUCACAUGUAAUUUGCAUCUCCUUGAACACCACACAGUUGUGAAACCUCACACAUGUACAGAAUGCGGGAGAUGUUUCACAUCUAAAGGAAGCCUUAAGUGUCACAAAAAGACCCACACAGGGGAGAAACCUUUCACAUGUACAGAGUGUGGAAAAUGUUUUACACAAAAGAGUGAACUGAAAACUCAUGAAAGGAUUCACACAGGAGAAAAGUCUUUCACAUGUACAGAGUGUGGAAAAAUUUUUACACAAAAGAGUCAUCUGAAAACUCAUGAAAUGAUUCACACAGGAGAAAAGCCUUUCACAUGUACAGAGUGUGGGAAAAGUUUUACACAAAUGAGUGAUCUGAAAAACCAUGAAAGGGUUCACACAGGAGAAAAGCCUUUCACAUGUACAAAGUGUGGAAAAUGUUUUACACAAAAGGGUAAUAUGAAAGAGCAUGAAAGGAUUCACACAGGAGAAAAGCGUUUCACAUGUAUAGAGUGUGGAAAAUGUUUUAUACAUAAGAGUGAUCUGAAAACCCAUGAAAGGAUUCACACAGGAGAAAAGCCUUUUACAUGUACAGAGUGCGGAAAAUGUUUUACAAUAAAGAGUAGUCUGAAAACCCACGAAAGGAUUCACACAGGAGAAAAGCCUUUCACAUGUACAGAGUGCGGAAAAUGUUUUACAGAAAAGAGUAAUCUGGAAGCACAUGAAAGGAUUCACACAGGAGAAAAGCUGUUCACAUGUAAAGAGUGUGGGAAAAGUUUUACACAAAAGAGUAAACUGAAAACUCAUGAAAUGAGUCACACAGGAGAAAAGCCUUUCACAUGUACAGAGUGUGGAAAAUGUUUUACAUUAAAGAGUCAUCUGAAUAUUCACGAAAGGAGACACACAGGAGAAAAGCUGUUCACAUGUACAGAGUGUGGAAAAUGUUUUACACAAAAGAGUAAUCUGAAAUCUCAUGAAAGGAUUCACACAGGAGAAAAGCCUUUCACAUGUACAGAGUGUGGGAAAAGUUUUACACAAAUAAGUCAUCUGAAAACUCAUGAAAGGGUUCACACAGGAGAAAAGCCUUUCACAUGUACAGAGUGUGGAAAAUGUUUUACACAAAAGAGUGAUCUGAAAACCCAUGAAAGGAUUCACACAAGAGAAAAGCCUUUCACAUGUACAGAGUGUGGAAAAUGUUUUACACAUAAGAGUGAUCUGAAAACCCAUGAAAGGAUUCACACAGGAGAAAAGCCUUUCACAUGUACAGAGUGUGGAAAAUGUUUUACAAUAAAGAGUAGUCUGAAAACUCAUGAAAGGAUUCACACAGGAGAAAAGCCUUUCACAUGUACAGAGUGUGGAAAAUGUUUUACAGAAAAAAGUACUCUGAAUUAUCAUACAUGGAGUCACACAGGAGAAAAGCCUUUCACAUGUACAGAGUGUGGAAAAUGUUUUACAAAAAAGAGUUAUCUGAAUAUUCAUGAAAGGAGUCACACAGGAGAAAAGCCUUUCACAUGUACAGAGUGUGGGAAAAGUUUUACAUAUAUUAGUGAGCUGAAAACUCAUGAAAGGAUUCACACAGGAGAAAAGCCUUUCACAUGUACAGAGUGUGGAAAAUGUUUUACAUUAAAGAGUCAUCUGAAUAUUCACGAAAGGUGUCACACAGGAGAAAAGCUGUUCACAUGUACAGAGUGUGGAAAAUAUUUUACACAAAAGAGUAAUCUGAAAGAGCAUGAAAGGAUUCACACAGGAGAAAAGCCUUUCACAUGUACAGAGUGUGGGAAAAGUUUUACAGUAAAGUGUCAUCUGAAAACUCAUGAAAUGAGUCACACAGGAGAAAAGCCUUUCACAUGUACAGAGUGUGGGAAAAGUUUUACAUAUAUUAGUGAGCUGAAAACUCAUGAAAGGAUUCACACAGGAGAAAAGCCUUUCACAUGUACAGAGUGUGGGAAAAGUUUUACACAAAUAAAUAAUCUGAAAACUCAUGAAAGGAUUCACACAGGAGAAAAGCCUUUCACAUGUACAGAGUGUGGGAAAAGUUUUACGUACAUUAGUGAGCUGAAAACUCAUGAAAGGAUUCACACAGGAGAAAAGCCUUUCAAAUGUACAGAGUGUGGGAAAAGUUUUACACAAAUAAAUAGUCUGACAACUCAUGAAAGGAUUCACACAGGAGAAAAACUUUUCAAAUGUACAGAGUGUGGGAAAGGUUUUACACGAAUAAAUAGUCUGAAAACUCAUGAAAUGAUUCAUACAGGGGAAAAGCCUUUCACGUGUACAGAGUGUGGAAAAUGUUUUACACAAAUGAGUCAUCUGAAAUCUCAUGAUAGGAUUCACACAGGAGAAAAACCUUAUCUGUGUUCAGAGUGUGGAAAAUGUUUUACACAAACGAGUGAUCUGAAAACUCAUGAAAGGAUUCACACAGGAGAAAAGCCGUUCACAUGUACAGAGUGUGGGAAAAGUUUUACACGAAAGAGUCAUCUGAAAACUCAUGAAAGUAUUCACACAGGAGAAAAGCCGUUCACAUGUACAGAGUGUGGGAAAAGUUUUACAUACAUUUGUGAGCUGAAAACUCAUGAAAGGAUUCACACAGGAGAAAAGCCUUUCACAUGUACAGAGUGUGGGAAAAGUUUUACACAAAAGAGUAAACUGAAAACUCAUGAAAGUAUUCACACAGGAGAAAAGCCGUUCACAUGUACAGAGUGUGGGAAAAGUUUUAGAUACAUUAGUGAUCUGAAAACUCAUGAAAGGAUUCACACAGGAGAAAAGCCUUUCACAUGUACAGAGUGUGGAAAAUGUUUUACAAUAAAGAGAAGUCUGAAAACUCAUGAAAGGAUUCACACAGGAGAAAAGCCUUUCACAUGUACAGAGUGUGGAAAAUGUUUUACAGAAAAAAGUACUCUGAAAUAUCAUACAUGGAGUCACAUAGGAGAAAAGCCUUUCACAUGUACAGAGUGUGGAAAAUGUUUUACAAUAAAGAGUAGUCUGAAAACUCAUGAAAGGAUUCACACAGGAGAAAAGCCUUUCACAUGUACAGAGUGUGGAAAAUGUUUUACAGAAAAAAGUACUCUGAAAUAUCAUACACGGAGUCACACAGGAGAAAAGCCUUUCACAUGUACAGCGUGUGGAAAAUGUUUUACAAAAAAGAGUUAUCUGAAUAUUCAUGAAAGGAGUCACACAGGAGAAAAGCUGUUCACAUGUACAGAGUGUGGAAAAUGUUUUACAUUAAAGAGUAAUCUGAAAAAGCAUGAAAGGAGUCACACAGGAGAAAAGCCUUUCACAUGUACAGAGUGUGGAAAAUGUUUUACAGAAAAGAGUGAUCUGGAAACUCAUGAAAGGAGUCACACAGGGGAAAAGCCUUUCACAUGUUCAGAGUGUGGGAAAAGUUUUACACUAAAGAGUAGUCUGAAAACUCAUGAAAGGAUUCACACAGGAGAAAAGCCUUUUACAUGUACAGAGUGUGGAAAAUGUUUUACAGAAAAAAGUACUCUGAAAUAUCAUACACAGAGUCACACAGGAGAAAAGCCUUUCACAUGUACAGCGUGUGGAAAAUGUUUUACAAAAAAGAGUUAUCUGAAUAUUCAUGAAAGGAGUCACACAGGAGAAAAGCCUUUCACAUGUACAGAGUGUGGAAAAUGUUUUACAGUAAAAAGUACUCUGAAAUAUCAUACACAGAGUCACACAGGAGAAAAGCCUUUCACAUGUACAGCGUGUGGAAAAUGUUUUACAAAAAAGAGUUAUCUGAAUAUUCAUGAAAGGAGUCACACAGGAGAAAAGCUGUUCACAUGUACAGAGUGUGGAAAAUGUUUUACAGAAAAGAGUGAUCUGAAAACUCAUGAAAGGAGUCACACAGGGGAAAAGCCUUUCACAUGUUCAGAGUGUGGGAAAAGUUUUACAGUAAAGAGUCAUCUGAAAACUCAUGAAAGGAAUCACACAGGAGAAAAGCCUUUCACAUGUACAGAGUGUGGGAAAAGUUUUACAAAAAUUAGUGAGAUGAAAACUCAUGAAAGGAGUCACACAGGAGAAAAGCCUUUCACAUGUACAGAGUGUGGAAAAAGUUUUACACUAAUACAUAAUCUGAAAACUCAUGAAAGGAUUCACACAGGAGAAAAGCUGUUCACAUGUACAGAGUGUGGAAAAUGUUUUACAGAAAAAAGUACUCUGAAAUAUCAUACAUGGAGUCACACAGGAGAAAAGCGUUUCACAUGUACAGAGUGUGGGAAACGUUUUACGUACAUUAGUGAGCUGAAAACUCACGAAAGGAUUCACACAGGAGAAAAACCUUUCAAAUGUACCGAGUGUGGGAAAAGUUUUACACAAAUAAAUAGUCUGAAAACUCAUGAAAGGAUUCACACAGGGGAAAAGCUGUUCACAUGUACAGAGUGUGGAAAAUGUUUUACACAUAAGAGUAAUCUGAAAAGUCAUGAAAGGAUUCACACAGGAGAAAAACGUUUCACAUGUACAGAGUGUGGAAAAUGUUUUACACAGAAGAGUAAUCUGAAAAGUCAUGAAAGGAUUCACACAGGGGAAAAGCUGUUCACAUGUACAGAGUGUGGAAAAUGUUUUACAGAAAAGAGUAGUCUGAAAAAGCAUGAAAGGAGUCACACAGGAGAAAAGCCUUUCACAUGUACAGAGUGUGGAAAAUGUUUUACACAGAAGAGUAAUCUGAAAUGUCAUGAAAGGAUUCAUAAGGGAAGAAACCUUUCACAUGUUUAGAAAGUGGGAAAAAGGUUUUUAUUGAAAUCAGGUAUCACAAAACACCAAAUAUUUACACACAAACUUUAUUUACACAGUGUACAAACCUUUUUACAAUUAUCCUAAACAGGACAAACUUUCUAAAUAGAAGCAAAGGAAAAUACACUAAGCGCCUACUCAAUAAUGACCUCUAGCUCUGAUACUUGACACCUAGUUGUCAAUGGUAAUAUAGCAAGUAAUCAGAAAUAUAUCAAAGCGCCACCCAAAGGGAGGCUAGAUCUAAGUGGAACUAAAUUUGGAGUGCCACAUGCAACAGAAGUGAAUUAGAAUGACAAUUUAUUAACAAAAUAAAAACAGUACAUAUACACAUACAUAUUGGAUCCAUGAGAUUAACAAUACUAAUAAAAUGACUCUAUUACACAAGUUGGUAAAACAUAAAAAAAAAAUGAUAUAAGUUGGAACAACCCUGAUGAGUAAGGUUAUACCCAACAGGUGAGCAAACAAGUACAACCAGAUAAGUAGCACAGUUUAAACUCCUAUAAUCAACUCAGAAGAGAUGUUCAUGAACAAAGGGGAAAAAGAAAAACAAAGUGGAAUCUUAUGUGUCAAAUUGAUAAUGUAUAUAAUUGGUUGGGUUGGUGUACAAAUGGUAUAGAUGACUCCAAAAGAUGGUAAAAAAUGAAGCUCACAGCGUGGCUUUAACUAUGUGCUUAAUUUUUCUCACAAUGAAAUUUCAACUAUGUGCUUGAUUAAUACAAAUAGUGCUUUUAAAUAGCUAACUUGUAAGCAGAGGCCAGUGGACUGUGUGCUAUGACAAUUCAGUGUUCAAAGUGCAUGUGUCAAAGAAAAAAUCCAAAUAAAUAAAAAAGCAAAAGCAAUAACAAAUAGCGGUGGGUUAAAUUAGUGAAGCAACUAUAAUAUUCAAUGCUAUAAAAUCACUACUAAAAAGUAAAAUCAAAAUUCAAAUAGACAAUUGGUUGUGACAAAAUAAACAAUGUUGGUAUUAAAAAUCUUGAAUUACGGGGGGCGGAGCCAACAGGGAAGCAGUGCAGUCGCACAUCUCAGGAGCUCCAACGAUAACAUGUAUAAAAUCUAAUUAUAAAGACUGCUCCAGCUCAAGAAUUGGUCCCUGAACAAAGAAUGUUUGACAUGGGUGACCCGUGCAUCUAAUCCUAGUAUGAGCUUUACUAAAUUGAUGAGACCUAGCGAUUCCGGAGUGUAUAUUGACUGAUAAGCAGCUUUGAAGUCAGCCAUCUUUGGCCCAUCACUAUUGAGUUCUUCACAAGUUUGGCGCCUUCUAUUAUCUGUAAUUAUGGAGACUGGAGAGCAGAUUAUAGAGGAGAUGUACAUUUUUCUUUCAAGGGUGCAGGAGUAUGUUUGAACGUUUAUUCAGCCUGUCGCCCCAACAAGCAGAUGACAAGUCUGCGGACCAGAUUACCCACGUGCCCACCGGCAUGGCUGCUCCUGGGGGUGGUGACGCUCUGGGGCCCCGGCGUUCCUCGCCUCCCGGGCAAGUCAUGUUGAGAGUGAAAUCUGGGGCUAUAAUGACUCACCUGUCUUGGAAGGAUCCCGAGGAUAAGAUUUUGCAUUCAGGACGCCUAAUACCCUCAAGCGACUCAACCCUCGCCUGUAUGCCGCCGGACACGAGGAGAUGUUCCAGUCCAACACGAAAACAGAUAUCGCUUGCUGUGUCCGGUGGCUGCGAGUGGGGACUACUACCUGCAUCCAAAGAAACCCGAGACAGCUCUUACCUCCUCUCACUAGAAGCCUCCUCAUGGCCGGACUGUUCUACCCGGAUUUGCUCGAUAGCAGCAGCUCAGGAUCGCAACCUGGUAGCUCAAAGACAUGUGGAUCCAUACCAUUACUGUCCCAGCAAAGUUAAGUCAGUCUCUCUCAUUUGUGAAUUACAGAGAUCAACUAACACGGAUACCCACCUAACGAUUUCUAGAGGCAUAGGUUAAAGGGAUAGCCCUGUAAAUUACCAAAUCCACUACACUUAUUACGGACUUCUGAGUGACAUUGGCUGGAGGGGUAGUGUGUUCGUUUAUAUCUGGCCUGCAUGGUAUAAGUCGGUUGGAGAUUACAGUUUGUCUAAAACUUCUUUGCUAUGUACCAGCUCUUUAUGGGUUUACUUCAUAGAUGUUUAUUCUUCACAGCAUUCUCAUAUUUCCAGAAUUGUAUUAUUACCAAGUUAACUAAGGGCUAUAUAUCUGUUAUGUGCAAACAUCCCUUUGCUUUUGAAGGCACGCCACAGCUAUUAAGGAAACAAGAAACCGGCUGAGAGACUUUAUUCCUUGGAUUAUAUCACCCUUUGGGACACUUUGUUGGUGUGAUGGAAAUUUCGCCUAAGGGUGAUAUUUAUACACAUAUUCAUACACAAGCUGAAAUGUGGAUUUUCCUUGGUAGUUUUAAUGCAUUUUAUAGUAGGCAUUUUUUCUGUAAGCCUUGUCAAAAAUACUUUAGAAUAACGACUACACAGAUCUCAGCCCCCUUAUGUUUAUUACACUAUUCUUACAGGCUCCUUAUUGUUUGCAACAUUGUGAUAUAAAUAGAAUUUAAAUAUCUCAUCACAUAAUUUUUCUAUGCCUGUAGGUUUUCCAUACUUUAUGUAUAUGCAUGGAGUUUAGGUGAGGUUUAUGUACAUGACAUCUCGCUGCCAGCGGCCGAGGCGGCAUGAUGACUUUGUUUAGCAGAUAUGUGGCUCCUUAGCAUAGUUUUGCUAAUACCUAUCCUUCGCACAGACCUCACUUACUCUAGGUUGAUUUGUCUUUUAAUGCAGGCUGGACCAGCACUCAUAUUUAGUUGUACAAUUUCUCGUCCUUAUAUUUAACACUACAACUGUGUAUCCCCUGUUGUUUGUAUCAGCUUGGACUCCUAGGUCUCAGUGUACAGAAUAUAGCUUUCGCUCGCUCCCAGUUAGUCUCCUACAUUGAUAUAAAGUUUUACCCUAUUGCAAUCUGUUUACACUAAGUCAAGAUGCAGUGGUUUAUCUUAUUUUUUAUUUUUUUAACUGUAUGCUACUCCCUGACAUACUUCGCCUAAGUUACUUAAAUUCCCACCUCCUCCCCCCCAUAUUCUUAAUAAUAUACCUCCUUCAGGAGGGUUCACUAUGCGGUUUUUCUAGCUUGUACCGCACUAUAACAACUUUCUUUAUAUGUUCAUCUUGCAGUGCAUUUUAAGAUUGACCAUAGUUCCCCUUCAUGUAAUAGCAAGAUUGUUUAACACUCGCAUUACCAAUAACUUUUUUACAGCUAUUGCUUUUAUCGCAACUUAUAUAUCGUCUUUAAUGACAGCUAAAAGGGAUUAAAAUUAGUUAUGUUUGCAUGUUUUUCUCCUGUUAUACUCCCUAACAGUUUGUUAAUAUAAAAAAAAGUUUUUGAAAAUCUGAGGUAAAAAGAAUAAGAUCCAUGAGUGGUCUUCCAUAUCACAGGUAGCCUUCUGUUGGAGCAAAAAUCUCACCUGGUCAGGGGUCCUAGAGAGGCCCUUUAAAACUAGAGGGGAGGCCUAAACUAUUACUGUCAUGAACAUAUUAUAUCCCUAUAAAGCCUUAUUAACAAUAUUUACCUUGUUAUUUUAUAAACUGAGAUUACUAAUAACGCUUAUACCUACAGCAUAUUUACUGUAUGAUGAAUCUUGUAUUAUGUUGCCUGUGGCACUUAUGGAAUGUUUUAAAUAUCUUGUUUGUAUGCCAAACUUUACCUCAAUAAAAACUAAUAAAAAAAAAAAUAAAAAAAAAUCUUGAAUUACAGCAAA